UCUCUGAGAUAUUCAUGUAUUGAUUAAAACUUACUGAGGUUAAAAGAUGAUGUUAAAAAUACAAAUGAUAAGAAAUUUAAACUUUGAAAAUAAUUUGUGAACUAGGAAGUUGAUAUUUAUAUAUUUUAAUUUACAUUUGAAGAAGAGUUUCGAAUAUCAAAAUAGUAGACGCGGAAGUAUGUGGUGAACUAUUUUUGGCAACACACAAUUACUAAUUAGGAAUUAUAUACCACUGUCUGUUACAACAGAACUCCGUGUCAUUGAUGGAUAAAAUCAAAAUUAAAGUAUAUUCUAUCAAUGCAAACUUUAAAAUACAGUAUUUCUCGUAAGUCUACGACAUAGAUAACUAAAACAUGUAUGUUAUUUAUAAAUAGUAUGGUCAUUGCGUACUGCGACUUUUUGGACUUAUUUGGCCUUGAACAGGAAAGAACAAAUUUCAUGUAGAAUGUUUAAUUUGAUCACGUGACAAUUGUUUACAUUUUAUAAAAUGGAACAGUUAUGUGAUUGUGAUUAUGAAUAUGAUUCAGAGGAUCAGUAUACAAUGCCAGAGUUUCACCAGAAGUACAAAGAUAAGCUGCCAUUGUUAGUGGUGGUAUCAGGCGGGUUCAACGGGAAAACAACUUACGACGAAGUAUCUACUAACCAGGUUAUAUGGUUCCAUCGUGUUUGUAAACAAACAAGGGUAUUGGGAAGAUUAUCAAACCAAGCUGUUCGUCAAUAUGAAGAAUUCAUCACUAUACCAGUUCACAGCAGUCACAUGUUUACUGUGUUUACGAGUUCCAGACAUGAAUCAGAUCCAGAGACUUUAGAAGACAUACUGACAAAACACAAGUUACCUGUACUAGUACGACUGGCGAGCGAAGCUAACGAUUACACCCUGAGAACAGUCAAACGCUACACCAUUUUACUCAUAAAGACAUACACGGAAACAUUUCUACAAGGAAACUGUCUGCAAGAUGAUAUACUAUUGCCCCCGCCUUUACUCUUGGCAAUUUCUCCUGAUAUAUCAGUAGCAAUCGCCACUGGGUAUGUGAAAAAAACUAAAGACGCAUUCAAUAGGAAAUUAAGACAAAUUAGUGAAUUUGUGAAGAGAAAUGUUGAAUUGAAAGAAAAAGAAGGAUGCAAAGAAAUAACACUGUUCGAUAAACAAGAUUCCACAACUGGCACGGGAAAUAGCAUACCACCAGAUCUUUUGCCAAGCUACGACGAGGACUUUAUUUAUCAAGAUAUUGUACCGGAUUCAAAUUGGAUACCGCCAAUACCACCUAACCCUGGAACGAGACCAUCCUUACCGGCGCGACCACCAGACGGUUUACUGUACCAGGAGGAUAUACCAGUAGAAUCAGAUAGCCAGUCGAGAGAUUUAUCAACCGGUAGUGGAAACAAUUUGACGGUUUAUGACGAUGAUGAAAGUGGGUACAAUUCAUCGGCAGGGUCUAUUAAAUCGCAUGUAAGUGACAUGUCCGUUGAAGACAUCCAGUCUCUCUUAGAAGCUUUGAAUUUAACAAAGUAUAAAAAGGACUUCCGAAAACAUCUUAUUGAUGGUGCAAUGCUAGAGGGCCUCGAAGAAACGAUUUUGAGAGAAGAUUUUAAAUUUAAACAUGUCGAAGUUAUUAGAUUGAAGAAAUUCAUAAGAGAAGGAUACAUGCCAAAACAUCGAUUAGUCGAUUUUAAAUUUGAUGAUAUGGAAAAUUCAUGUAGUUCUAAGUAUGUAUAUGAUCCCAAACAUCAGUACACCUUACCAGACUUUUAUCAGAAGUAUGGAAAUCAGUUACCAUUGUUGGUCAUUGUGACAGAAGGAUUUAGUGGGAGGACAGCUUACGAUGAACUAUCUACUAACCAGGUUAUAUGGUUACAUCGUGUCGUUCACCAAAUAAGAGCAAUAGGACGACUUGCCAACCAAGCCAAUCGUAAACACGAAGAAUUUGUUAGUAUUCCAGUUUGUAGCAGUCAUAUGUUUUCUGUCGUAAAGAAUUUUAGAAACGAAUCAUACCCCGAAACGUUGGAACUAAUACUGAGUAGAAACAAAUUACCCGUUCAAGUAAGACUUGUGACUGGGGAUGAUGAAUUCACAAUGAGAACCUUACGGCGCUACAACAUGUUAAUUCUAAAUAAAUAUACUGAAACUUAUUUAAAAGGAAACUGUCUACAAGAUGAUAUACUGUUGCCUCUUCCGUUACUCUUAGCACUUUCUCCAAAUAUAUCAAUUGCUAUUGUAACUGGAUAUAGAGAUGGGUCUAAAGAGAAUUUCAAGAGAAAAAUAGAAAGUUUAAAUGCAUUUGUAAAUACAAAUGUUGGGUUAAAAGUAAAUGAAGGAUGCAAAGAAAUUACACUUUUUGAUAAACAAUAUUCAACAACUGGCACUGGAAAUUGUGUACCAAUCCAUCUAUUGCCAAACUUAGACGAAGUCAUUUAUCAUGAAAUUGAAACAGAUCCAUAUUGGAUACCGCCAAAACCAUGCAAGCGUAGAUUGAAACCGCCACUUCCGGCACGACGACCAGAGGGUUGGCCUGACCUAGUUAGAUCUCAGAACGAGUCAGAAAAACAAUUAUCGGAAUCAAAAACAAUGGGUAACAAUGCUGAAAGCGGGCAAAGCUCAUCUGCAUGUUCAAUACAAUCAUAUGUCAGUGACAUGUCUGUUAAUGACAUUCAGCAUCUUUUAGAGGCGUUCAAUUUAUCAAAGUAUCAACAAGAUUUCAAGAAACAUUUAAUAGAUGGUGCAAUGCUAGAGGGACUUGGUGAAGAUAUACUAAGAGAUGACUUUAAAUUUAAGCAAGUGGAAGUUGUUAGAUUAAUGAAAUUCAUACGGGAAGGUCAUAUCCCAAAACAACGAAAUUAAUGAAAUUAUUGAAAAAUGAUUUUAACAACUUCGUGCGGUCCCUAUAAGAGUUAAAAAUAAC